CCAUUUUUACACUGGAACAAGUCAAAAAAGAAGACUCAGGCAAUUACAGCUGUAUGUACUCAAUAAAGAAACAUCUCCCUGAAGAUGUGACUUCGACAAACUUCAAAAACUCUGCCAUCAUCCAGGUCACAGCAGGUUUACUGGCAAAACGACAAACAGAGGCAACUCUUGAACCAGAGGGAAUCUACAGCGAAGCAAGAUUUGUGCAAAGUAACAGAGAGCCUGAACCAUGUAACAGAGAAACUCAGCAGACAGAAGACGUCUACAGCAAACCAACAUUUACUAAAGCUAAAAAGAAGUCUAAAUCUCAUAGCAGACUAACAGAGGCAGCCCAGGAACCAGAAAUAGUCUACAGCGAAGCAAGACUCGUGCAAGGUAACAGAGAGCCUGAGCCAUAUAACAGUGAGACUCAGCAGACAGAUGAAUUCUACAGCAAACCAACACGUACCAAAGCUAUAAAGAAACCUAAAUCUCAUACCAGUGAGACUCAGCAGAUAGAUGAAGUCUACAGCAAACUAGCACAUACUAAUGUGACUGGAGAAUCUCAACAGACAGAUGUGAUCUACAGUGAAACAACACGUUCCCAAUCUAAAAGGAAGCCGAAAUCUAGCAGUCCAGCAGAGAUGGAAUACUCCAGUGUUCAACAUAAAGAAAAGAAGAAACGUGAACUUUCUCCACCUGAGGAUUCUGUCUUUGGUGAAUUUGCCUAGAUAUAAUAACCAUCACACCAGCCACAUCAGCCACAUAUAGCGGUGUUUAAUCUGAAUGUAAUACAAUACAUCUGUACAUCUACAUCUGUACAGUACAUCUGUAAGUGUCCCAGCAUUUACUCUCUCCUCUGUUGGUCUUUAGAGGCCCCUCAUAACAUUGAUGCAUCACAGGGAAACAUAACUUUGACAAUGUAGUGAUAUGACCUCGUGAUCAUAUAGGUACUGUACCUCCUCACCAUACUAGGAAUAAAAAAAAAAUAGAAAAAUAGUUCCAGUUACCCUCAAAUGCAGUGAAAUAUACUACUAGUAAUAUUCUAGAAAUGUACUUACAGCCCUGUUUUCAUAAACCCUACAGUACAUGUAUUGCACAUAUAGUGGCAAGUAAGUAACAAAUGCAUUAGUGUUACAAAUGUAUACCUGUAAAGUUGAAUAAAGAACAAAGCUGCCUGCAGGUGUUUUAAUAGUCUUUCUGUUGGUCCAACAUAAUCAUGCUCCUACUAACCUCACUGCCCUUCUGGAGAACUGCACCCCUGCCCAGUCACUGCCCCCCUCCUCAGCAGGUCCACUCAAUACACCAAUCAUGAACUUCAACACCAUGGAAGAACUUACAGUCACACUGUCCCUAAGCCCUGGAAUUCACUUCCCCUUUACAUCAGCCGUGGUGAAUCCGUCAGU